AUUUCAUUGUUAUUGUAUUAUAAGUCAAAGCGGCGUAGUCGAGCGCGCUGUCUUACGACGGCUCUUGUUUUAAAUCAAAUUACAAAGGCUCCCUUAUUGUAUGUAUGACUAAUUUUAUUACGAAAAUAUGCUGACAUAUUCACUAAUAAUAGAAUAAAGCGGAAUUACAUCUUGAAAAUCAUAAAAUUACCAGGUCAUCUUCUGUCAUGGUAAACCAAAUUUAAGCUGACAUGUUUGCUAAUAAUAGAAACACGGGAAUUCCAUUUCGAUAUCAUAAUGCGUAGCAAGGUUACUAUGUCAUUUUUUUCACACAGUUAUAGUUUUUGCAAAAUUGAACAUGAGCUGACAUAUUCGUGUAUUUUAGUAAUAGAUACAGUACGAGUUCUUCUUCAAAAGUGUCCUCUUACAGACGUAUGAAGCCGUUUCGCUAGGACGAACACAAAAUCCGAGACGAUAAGUUUAUUGCAUACAUUUGUGAGCAAAUACAUGCAUUAAUAAUAAAUAAAUAAAUACAGAUUUAUAAAUAGAUACAUAGAAACAUUUUUUCCGAAAGAUAAACAUUAGAUUAUCAUGGCCUUUCUAAAUACAAUGUAUCGGCUAGUGGGAUUACUCGAAAUUCUCUUGCACGGUCCGCUUACAACCGCAAGAAGACACUUUUCAAUAGCUCUGCUGGGGUAUAGUCGUUAAAGAAUAAAACGGAAUUCCAUUUGGAUAUCAAUGUUUGAUCCUACAUGUUCGUUUCUCUAAUAAAGCUAUGCGACAUACUUGUGCGAGUGUUCAUUUUUUCAUGAAGAGGAAAUAACUACAAAUUGAACAUGGACCAUGACCCAGACAACUAUAGAGUAAUGUCGCUGAGACUGUCCAGGGUGCUAAAUGAUAUAGGGGUUAACAACUGGAUGAUUCGUCGCAGGAGAAGAACCUUCUUGGCCAUGAAAAUCGACGGAAUUAAUAACCAUUACAUCAAUAGCUCGGUCUAUUGUUUUGGAAGUCAGAUUGAAGGUACCACGACUCUGGGCAUGAUGUCCGAUACCGAUAUGUUGGUGUGUGACAACAGCCGUCCUGCAAUACUAGAUUGGACUGACUGGAAGCUUGGAAAGACAGCUCUGAUGGUGGCGAAAACAGAGCAAUCGCAGCCAGGGUAUUGCAAUCUUCAGAUUCUGAGUUCUGCGGAACCACUACCAGUAACAUUUGGUACAUUGCAUGACGAUAUCAAUGAAGAGUUGGGUAAACACUGUCGAGUACUGCUGAAUACUAUUGGGCGAGACCCAAACAUGAUAUUCCAUAUUGAAAGUGGCUUCCAGAAAAUGGGACGUCGGAUGAGUUUUUCAGAGGACAAUGAUAUUGUUUUUGCUUUUCAUUGUUCUCGAAUACCAAAAGAAUGUAAAUUCUUAUUUCAUAGGCCUCGCCCCGGACACUGGCCAAGGUCUGACGUUUUGGAGAAAAUUCGAGAAUGCGGUACGUUUAUUGUACCACAAAGUUAUACAAAAAGCAUGCAGUCUAAAUUUGAAUGGAAAUUCUCAACUUCAAUGAUGGAACGACUGCUGAUGUUUGAUUUGAGCACUAUCCAACUGAAGACGUUCACGUUUCUUAAAAUGGUCAGUAAGACAUACAUCAAGCCUAUUGUUGGAGAUCGACUGAGUACUUUUCACCUGAAGACAGCUUUCCUCUUUACCAUUGAGAGCUAUCCUCCGGACAUUUGGAAGGAACACAACAUUCUACAGUGUGUCAACUUUUGUCUAUCAACACUCCAACGCUGGUUCAGGAUUCGUAUAUGUCCUCAGUACACCAUUGCGGGCGUUGACCUUUUUCUUGGAAAGCUUCGGAAGAAUGAAUUUACCAUCUUGUUACAAAUUGUAUCGGCAAUCAAAAAUAAUGUUUUGCCAAUGUUGAUAGACAUAUCGAUGGACCAGCUUGGUCAAAGGAUGUUGCAGCUACUUGAUUCUUCAGAGCCAACCAACAUUCUCUCAAGCAGACUGCACUGCCUUCAGAUCACAGCUUUGCAUUGCCUUGAACGCAUGCUAAAUAUAAAUUUUCGUUUACUUGGCGUUAACGAAAUUGGAAUAGCUCUUCCAAACGACAAAUGGGAACGUUACAUUUAUGACUUAAACAUACGAAUUACGUAUGGAUACCUAGCUUCAAUAAAGGCUUCAAAUUGCAUAAAGUUACAACAACCGAUUUGUGCAGAUAUUUACAAGCUUUACAAUCUUUCUCUAGACUCAGACCUUACUUCCACCAGGUUGAAAUUUGCGUCUAUGUUGUAUUGUAUUGGCAAAUUCUGUGAUGCAGUUGCAGUUUUGGACAACACGGAGCAAUUAUUGCAUUCCAAUGUAUGGCAGUUCAGUCCACAUUCACUAAGAGGUCAAUGUGAACCCACGGACGAUUUUCUUUGGGAUCUGUUGCGGUUGCCGGUGGGUGAUGUAAUUAAAACAUCAGUUGCGUUAAGUGUCAUUUUCAGUCCACUAGAAAGACAUUGUUUGCCCAAACAUUUGGCUAACGAAACUAAUCUCAUUGGAUAUCAAGAAAGCUUUGAACACGAACUCCCAAUUUUGGAAAAAAUGAAAGAGUUUGUGAUGAUUGAUUCUAUCCCAUACCUUCACUAUCUGCAGUAUCUUAGCUACAGAGAACUCGAUCAGUGUGACAGAAAGCGCACAGCUCUACAGAAACUGCAACUCUAUGUGUUCGAAAGGAGUAAAGGAUAUGGCCACAUCGAUACUGCAGCCAAUGUCUUAGGGCAUUGCUAUGAACUUGAAAACAUGUUCGAUGAGGCAUGGCAUUGCUACUCAGAAUCGCUCCGGCAUAAUCCACACAACAAUGCUGCAAAAGGCCACAUCACGAGGAUCAUACAACACGGAGCUCUGUAAAUAAAUGUAAUUUAGUACCAACGUUACAACUUAAACAUUAUCCUGAUAUGCGGCAACUGGGACGAAUUUGGCAAUACAUCGUUUUCACUUAAAGAAUGGAUUUUCAAUACACAUCUUGUCUUCAGAACUUGAGUUCUAGUUUUCGCAACGUGGGAUAUGAGGAUAUCGCAAUGCAUUUCACUUUACGUUAUGCAUAUUACGUGUAUUGGGCUCUGAACCAAUUGCAAUUGUGCGUUUAAGUUAGGCCUAAACAAACACACAUUUGGUUCGGGUUACCCGACCCUACCUACGGAAUAGGCGCCGACCCUGCCGUUUUAAUAGUCAGUUUGAAAAAAAUGAAAAACUUAAAAAAUAAAUAAAAAAAAUCUGUUUUUUUUAAUAUGGAGUUUUAAACCUUAAAUGCUUAUACAGGUGAUAAUUUUAACACCAUUCUCCAAUGAUGAAAAUGACAUUCUGAUAUAAAGCCUAAAAAUAAAAAAUAAAAAAGCGUACCUAUCCUACCUAUUUUUGAAAAGGAUGUUACCCUAACUCGUUUGUAUUUGGCAUUAAAACUAUACAAGUGCCUUUAAGCGACACUAAUAGAUCGUUCGAAAUUGACGUUUACAUUGUACAACCAUUUCAAAUGUGCCAUUGAGUUACAGAUGUUUACACGGUGGCGUAAUCGACUCUGUUUGUUUUGACAAUAACUUAAUAAAUAAUCCGAGUCAAGCAUUCUCAUCAACAUUUAUAAGACCAACAAAGUAACCGAGAAUAAAUCCUUUAUUGCUUAGUUAAACCACUUUGACUGAAAGACAAAGAAAACGCAACUAAACUAAGUGCAAUAAACAAUAUGAAUAAAACAUUUUAUAAAAGU